GUCCAAAAUAACUUAUCCGCGUCCAAACAAAUGCCUCUUGUCUCCAAUCUCCGGUCAGUGUACCAUUAACAGCUGCCGGCACACCUCACUCCAUCUAACCACCUGGCUUCCGGCAUCGUUGUUGCCGUGACCUUCGAUAAUCCGGUGAAGAACCGCCGUGGUCAUCCUCCUCCGCUGCCUCGGGAAACGUUGGUCCCUUUCCCUCUUCUUCUCCUUCCUCAUUAAUAUUUUCUUUCCCAGCCAAAUCCUCCCAAAAUUGAAGUGGAGGAAAAAUCACUGUUAAGAGGAUUUUUUACCAAUUUUUUCCUUCCUCUGCCACUGAAAAAAUCGAACCAAACAUGGGGAACUAAUGUUUUUCCUUCCCCUCCCCUUCAAUAGAGAAAACUGAUAGAUAAACCUGAGUAAGAGAUAAUCCCAAACUGAUGAGUUCGCUCUCGAUCUGAAUUCAUCAGUCGGGCCCGAGAGCCGAUUCAUUCCUUGAUCCCUCGCCCGAACCAGCCCCUAACCUGGUGCCCCGAACCCGUCGGCCCGAACCGAAUUGGCCCGCCCAAGUGUGUGUUGAGUGUCUUGAGGAUAAAGGCUCUAAACCUAAUCCUAUUUUCUUCUCUCGACCGCGACUUUGAGCAGAACAGAGUAAAUCGAUCGCGCAUCCUCCAUCUCUCGCAAAUCUGACCAUCACCCUCGCUUUUCUUCAUCAUCGCCAUCAUCAUCUCCACCCUUUCCGCUGCCUAUUCAUCCCGCCACCAUCAUCUCUCGGCGUUCAUCUCCUCCGCGACGAGCGCAUCUCGUCAGCCCCAUCUCGCCGCCGCGGCCGGCCCUGCUUCCAGCGACUCCCGAACGCUGCAACACCUCGACCUCCUUCCGCCGGCGAGUACCACUGCGAACCAGCGACUUCCGGCAACCAGGCACGCCCUCUCCCGUCCUCUGCAAAUUCCUCCCGGCGAGUUUGGCGGCCCCGUCUCCGAGCAGCGACCUCGCGACCACUCACCUUUGCCGACGAGCUCAUCCUCUCGCUCAGACGACUGCUCCACCGCCGGACAGCACCUCUGUACCGUCGACCUUCCCCUCCGUGCAGCGGCGUCCUCCCUCGCUGUUUUCUCUCGCCGUGAGCCACCGUGCGAGAACCAGCAGACCGCGAAGUUCCUCGGCGAGUUCCGACCUCCAUCGCUGCAAGCCGUCAACCAUUCCCUCCGGCGAGUUCGGCGGCCAUCUCCGGUGAACUGGGAGCACGCAGCAACCACCCCCUUCAGUCGAGCCGAGACGUGUUGCGUGUUCGAGCCCGUCAACCUUUGGUGCCAUUUUCGUUCGAUUCCCCCGGUUAAGCGCAACGGCGGAGUUAAGCGAGUGGUGGGGUGGGUUUGUAGGGUAAUAUUCAAUGGAUACCAGCAAAGAAGAGGCAGAGCAGCACACAUUUCUUGAUCGUGCCUCUCGGGCCACCAGGGGCAAACGGUUGACAAAAUUGGUUGAUGAGGAGCUCGAAGAAGAUGAGCUCUUUUGGAAUCAAGAUGCUCUUAAGGAGGAAGAGCAUGAUGCAGAGUAUGAGGAAGAAGGAGAGGUUGCUGAUGUUUUUGAUAGCGACUUCGAUGAAUCUGAGCCUGAGCCCGAUCAAGAAGUCGAAAAUGAACCUAAUGAGAGGAGGACAAAGAAGAAACUAAUAUUUCCAGGAAAGCCAUCAGCAAAGAAGAAGAAGAAGAAGAAAGACACGGCGAUUUCUAAGUCAGAAAGUGUGCCCAAAGAUGAGAAAUCUGUGGACCAGUUGAGUCCUGAGCAUCAUGAUGAUACCAAUGAUGCCGAGGCCGAGAAAACAGUUAGGAAAUCAACCAGAACUUCGGUGAUUAUCAGGCAAGCGGAGCGAGAUGCAAUACGUGCAGCAUUGCAAGCUACAAUGAAGCCAAUAAAAAGAAAGAAGGAAGGUGAGGAGAAGAGGAUGACGCAAGAAGAGAUGCUUCUGGAAGCAGCUCAAACAGAGAUUAUGAAUUUGAGAAACUUGGAAAAGGUGUUAGCAAGAGAAGAAGAAGUUAAGAAAAGAGCUAUCGUGCACAAAGCAGUUUACACUGGAAACUCUUAUCUAGAUUUCAUGAAUGGGGCAUCAUUUGAUUCAGAAGUGUCAACCUCAACUGUUCCGUUUUGUCAAAUAUCCGUCAUAGCAGCUGCUGUAGCAGCCUAUGGCGCUGCCAUAACCACCAUCCUUCACAAAUUCAGCAUGGCGGAUCGAGAGAAGGCGGUGUGUGCUGUUACGGGGCUACCAGCAAUUUAUCGUGAUCCAAAGACGGGUUUACCUUAUGCAACAAAAGAAGCAUUCAAGAUCAUUCGUGAACGGUUUAACCAAGAAAAGAGCUUCAGUAAGGAGGAUCGUAGCAUGGGGCUACUGUCUGAUGCGGCUUACGAGCAAGGGUUCACUCAAAAGAGGAGGAGAUCGUUGAUUUCACGGGAUAGGGAAACACCUUACGUUCGCCAAUUUGGCCAUUACCAUAAAAUUCCUGCUCCAGAAGAUGAAGACUCGGAAUAAGAGAGUCCAACAUGUUGCUGAGGAUUUCUUGUUUUCAGAAUCAAACCGGUGGCCGUGUCGAGAAGAAAAAUAUGUUACUUUUUUUUUUCUUAAAUGUAAAUUUCCGGAUGAAUAUUGGGGAAUGUUGUGUGACCAACUCUAACUAGCCAUGUUAAUUUAGUGUAAGCGAAAGUGUUGAGGCGAAGAACAAAUUUCUCAUUAAGGAAAGCAAUGUUAAAAAAAUAAAAUAUGAGUCUUACAUAUUGCUCACCGUAGUGUUAGGGAAAUAUUUACAUGUCCACGG